AUGUCUACCAAACAACCUGGUUCAAUUCGUAACGAUAAAAAAAGGCGUCUUGAAGAUGAUGAUUCUGGGAACAUUCCCACCAACUCCGAUUCAUGGGCCCGAUUCCUGGUGAUCGAGGCUGCUGACAAACUACCUUUAAAACUGAAUCCGUUUGCUAUUACUAAAGCUAUUAACGGACACUGUGGAGAAGUGAAAAAUGUCACUCGUCUCGGUAGUGGUUCUAUUCUUGUGGAGUGUCUGAAGAAACAGCAAUCUCUAAAUCUCUUGUCGAUCAGUCAAUUUGCAAAUGUUGAGGUUGCUGUUUCAGCACAUAAAACUUUAAACUCCAGUAGAGGCAUUGUUCGAGACAGAGCUCGAUGUCUUUCGGACAUGUCUGAACAAGAAAUUGUUACAGAGUUAAAGGAUCAGGCAGUGACAGCUGUUAAACGUUUCACCAAAAAGCGUUGUGGUGGUAAACAUGACAGCACUGAAUGUAGGGAGGACGUCAAAUGUGCCAACUGUAAUGGCCAACAUGAAGCCUGGUCCAAAUCCUGUCCACUCUGGAAGACUGAAUCCCAGAUAUUGAAACUCAAACAUCAUAACAACAUAUCAUAUCUGGAUGCCAAAAAACAAGUGGCAAAUCAGCUGCCAUCAACAUUAACGUAUUCUGCUGCAGUGUCUCGUUCUGUUGCCACUUCAUCCAUAGAGUGUCAGACUGAGUUGACAUGGGUUCACUCCGUUCAACCAGUUGAAACAACGUCGGUCAUUCAGCCAAACAAAUCAGAUUGUCAGCCCACUACAUCAUCUUCAGAAUCACAGACUGAUCCACAACCUUUACCUGUUAUUGAAAAACCAGGACAUGUUCGCAUGUCAAAGACAGAAAGAAAAAAACGAAACAGACAACAUCUUAGGACACCCUCUCUUUCAGAGGUGCCUGUCCACAACUCCUUUGGACCUUUGGAUAUGGAGGUAACUCCAUCUUCUCAGGCCAGUGCUAGGAGUUCUUCACACUCGCGUGUGAGAUUACCUAUUGAGCCGCCAUGA